AUGGCAGCGAUGUUCAGAUCCAAUACUUUCGCUUCAAAGCUUGUAUGUUUUCCUAUUUUGGUCUGUCGCUUUCUUAGAAUUCAUAAUAUUCGAGGAUGUGAAGAGCUCUAUGAAGUUAUCGGUAUAUGUUUUUUUUUUUUAGUGAUAGCGCGUAGAUUUGCACACACAGAUGUUCGUUUCCCCUCUUUUGACGAUGUUCGUCGAAAAGAUACAUUAGAUCCUCACAUACCUGCUAGUGAAACUGAAGAUACUAGACGUGCACUUCCAUCUGCUAUUUAUUAUGGAGUCGGUGGUAUGCUGGCACUUGUUUCGGCUAAAGAGUGUGUACAGAAACUUGUGGGAUACAAGUGGUUACCGGCAGAUCAAAUGGCACUGGCUGCUGUCGAAGUUGACUUGAAUGAAAUACCGGAAGGACAGAUUAGGGCUUAUGAAUGGCGUGGUAAGCCUGUUUUUGUGAAACAUCGAUCAGCAGACGAGAUUGAGCGUGAAAGAAGUGUUCCGCUCUCAGAUCUGCGCCACCCUGAAAAAGACGAGGACCGCGUUCAUAGAGAUGAGUGGCUGGUUCUUUUAGGCGUAUGCACUCAUCUUGGAUGUGUACCUAUACCAAAUGAAGGAGAAUAUCUAGGCGGUUACUUCUGUCCUUGUCACGGAUCUCACUACGACGCUUCAGGCCGUAUAAGGAAAGGCCCCGCUCCUACAAAUAUGGAAGUUCCAGAACAUACGUUCAGGGGAGAUACUUUGAUAAUCGGGUAG